AUGAACAGGUGUGUCGGUGGAGUGUGUGUGUCUCUUAUAGUGUGCGCGUUUCUCACGGAAACACUCGGAAUGGUGAUCGCGGCAAAAGAGAAGAGAGGAUGGACCCUCAACAGUGCUGGGUAUCUCCUCGGUCCACGUCGUAUUGAUCACCUUAUACAGAUUAAGGAUUCUCCCAGUGCAAGGGGGAGAGAGGAUCUGCUUGGUCAAUAUGCCAUAGACAGCCACAGGAGCCUUAGCCUUAGUGACAAGCACGGAGUGUCAGGGAAGAGAGAAAUGCCAAUAGAGGAAGAUUUCAAGACAGCAGCUCUGAGGAUAUCAGAUGAGGAUGUUGUCCAUACUAUCAUAGACUUUCUUUCUUAUCUCAAAUUAAAAGAAAUUGGAGCUCUGGACAGUCUGCCUUCUUCUCUCACGUCAGAGGAAAUAAGUCAAUCCUAAUUCUGACCGAAUCCAUGACUCACCGUGACCUCCACCGCGCUCUCAGAGGCUGUAUUAACGUUCAAAUUCUUCACCGCUAAACUGUCAAUAUUACCACGUAACUUUACUCUGUCAGAAUCAUUUGACGGCUCAGGUGGAGAUGGAUUCAAAAAAUAAAACUCAUAAAUGGCAUUCGACUCA